AUGGCGGAGACGGGCAAGCCGAGGGUGGUGGUGGUCGGCGGCGGCAUCGGCGGCGCCCUCCUCGCCAAGACCAUGGAGCCCGACGCCGACGUCGUCCUCCUCGAUCCGAAGGAGUACAUGGAGAUCAGCUGGGCCGAACUGAGAUCAAUGGUUGAGCCAUCUUUCGCUGAGAGAUCAUUGAUCUAUCACAAAGAUUACCUCACCACCGCAACCAUUGUAACAUCUUCUGCAGUCAAUAUCACUGAGGAUUCUGUCCUGACUGCUGAUGGUCAAUCUCUUGCAUAUGAUUAUCUCGUUGUAGCGACUGGCCAUGUGCUGGCUUCUCCAGGAAGCAGAGCAGAGAGACUUACAGAAUUCCAGAGAGAUAAUGGGAAGAUAAAAUCAUCUGAGUCUGUGUUGAUUAUUGGAGGUGGUCCAACUGGAGUUGAACUUGCUGCAGAGAUUGCAGUAGACUAUCCGGAGAAGAAGGUGACCAUUGUACACAGAGGAUCACGGUUACUUGAAUUUAUUGAUCAGAAGGCCUCAAAGAAGUGUCUUGAUUGGCUGACUUCGAAGAAAGUAGAUGUGCUUUUUAAGCAAUCAGUUGACUUGGAUUCAUUAUCCAACACAGACAAGCUCUACAAAACAUCAAGUGGGGAAACAGUAACAGCUGACUGCCACUUUUUGUGUAUUGGUAAGCCACUGAGUUCAUCGUGGCUACAUGAUACCAUGCUAAAGGAAUCUUUGGACAGCAAGGGAAGAUUAAUGGUGGAAAAGGAUCUAAGAGUGAAGGGUUAUAACAACAUUUUUGCAAUCGGUGACAUCACGGAUAUUCCUGAAAUCAAACAAGGGUACCUCGCCCAGAAACAUGCCCUGCUGGUGGCAAAGAACCUGAAGCUGCUGAUCAAGGGCUCUCCCGCGAGCAAGCUGGCAACCUACAGCACGGGCUACCCGCUGGCGAUCGUCUCCCUCGGAAGGAAAGAAGGGCUGGCCCAGCUACCAUUCGUUACGCUCACAGGGUGCAUACCAGGGAUGCUCAAAUCCAAAGACCUGUUCGUCGGCAAGACAAGGAAGCAGAUGGGUCUGGAUGCUUGAGCUGCGGCCUAGGGAAUCAUGGGUUUUAAUUGUCCCCUCCCGGGUGAUGUUCAAACAGAAAAAUAAACUUGUGGCUCUGCAGGUAAAUGUUGGUGGUGUGUUGUGAAUGGUGAUGAAGCUUUCGACAAAGCGUGUGUACAUGUAUACCAAAACCUGUGUGUAUCUUUUUUGUUGGCGGUUAAAUUGUGUUUUUCUUGCUA